UUGUUUUUGACGACGCGGGAUUGACCUGUCAUCGUGCAAAAUGCAGCCCAAAGCUGUAAUUCAAAGAUACUAAGAGAACUUAAAUAUCCAGCCAACUUACUGCGUCAGUGGUAGUCCAGAGGGUUCAGUUAUCUGGGAGGGGUUGCUAACUAUAGUAAAACUGAACAGCACGCAAGGAUAUCUGACAACCCAUGCUUCCUGCCAGAGUUAGUUACCGAAUUACCGAAUUCCUCACUCAUAUUAAGCAAUAUAACCGUCGAAUAGGAACUGGAUCACUCAUCUGUGGAAGGAGACAUUUCCUCUGCAACCAGCACUUUGUUCCUUUGCCUGGCUCCAGCUGAACCUUGUCCUGUGGGCGACGUAAUAGCAUACCAGAUUUUGACCAGCCUCCGGAAAUACUAACAUUUUGUAUUUGGGCAAUUCAGCAGCUAUGCAGCUUGAAAUCCAAGUGGCACUCAACUUUAUAAUUUCAUACUUGUACAAUAAGCUGCCACGGCGACGUGUCAACAUUUUUGGCGAGGAGCUGGAGCGGCAGCUGAAACAGAAAUACGAGGGACACUGGUACCCAGACAAGCCAUAUAAAGGGUCUGGGUUCCGCUGCAUACAUGUUGGGGAGAAAGUGGACCCAGUCGUAGAGCAGGCAGCCAAAGAGAGUGGGUUGGACAUCGAAGACGUCCGCAACAACCUGCCUCGGGACCUUAGCGUCUGGAUCGACCCGUUUGAGGUGUCUUACCAGAUUGGGGAAAAGGGACCUGUCAAAGUGCUCUAUGUGGAUGAUAGCAACGAGAACGGGCUGGAAUUGGAUAAAGAGAUCAAGAACAGCUUUAACCCUGAAGCCCAGGUCUUCAUGCCCAUUACUGAGCCUGUGGGACCCUCGCCCACAUCCAGCUCGCCAUCCCCGCCCUUCGGCCAGUCAGCCAGUGUCAGCCCUAGCUUCAUGCCUCGCUCAACCCAGCCUUUAACCUUCACCACUGCCACUUUUGCCGCCACCAAGUUUGGCUCCACCAAGAUGAAGACCAGUGGGCGGAGCAGUGGCAAGGCAGCACGGAGCUCGCCGACCAAUCUGGGCCUGAAUGUGAACAACCUCUUAAAGCAGAAAGCCAUCUCCACGUCCAUGCAUUCUCUCUAUGGCCUUGGCCUGACUGGGCAGCAGCCGAAGACGUCGGCCCUGUCCCCCAAUGCCAAGGAGUUUGUGUUCCCCAGCCUGCAGGGCCAGGGCAGCCCAAGUGCAAUGUUCCCUGGGGAGAGCUCCCUCAGCCUCAGCCCUCUCCAGUACAGUAAUGCCUUUGACGUGUUUGCCGCCUAUGGGGGCCUGAACGAGAAGUCCUUGAUGGACGGCCUGAAUUUCAGCUUGAGCAACAUGCAGUAUUCUAACCAGCAAUUCCAGCCAGUAAUGGCCAACUAGGAAACAAAGAUGCUAUUAAAAUGACCAGAGAUAUGUGAUGGGGGUGGGAGGGGCGCUUAUUUUCAAAAAUUCUGAAAAAGAUGAAAAAAAAUAGAAAAGAGGAAAAAAAGGAAGCUUACACAUGUCAACUGUACAGUCCCAUUGUACAAGUCAAAGAGCAUGAGCCCGAGGGUGAACUACUUUGCCCCCUUGAGUUUUUUGGGGUUUUUUUCCCUUUUUUUUCCCCCCCAUUUUCUUUUUUUUUCUUUUUUCUUUUUUUUUUUUUAAAUGAUGAAGCUUGCAGUACUACAUGUCCAAGCUUGGUUACUUCCCUAAACUCAACAUUAUAUUGCUUUUCAUUUGCCAACCAAGCACAAAAUUUAUUUUUAUUGACUGCUUUAAGAUAUCUCUAUGAGGAAUUAAAACACAAGUCAUGGCCUCCUACAGUAUUUAAGAUAUAGCUGGACAGCCAAUUUUCAGAGGAUUGGCAUAAAUCUAAGUGGAAUUUCCUGGUCUUUUUUCUAAUUGUAUAAUUUAAUUUAGUACAGAGUUUGUAAAAUAUCAGAGUAUAUAUUGUUUCUACAACAUGGUAUUGCAUUUAUAUCUUUUUACUACUCCAGUGAUCCGUGAUGGCUGCAGCAGCUUUUGUGUUAUUUCUUUUUUUAUUGAAAUUGUAAAAUGAAUCCAUCUUUCAGAACAUCACCUAUUCUAAAGAUUGUGUACAGAAUAUUCCGUAGUGGUGGGAUUUAAGAAUAUUUGCUUUUUGAAAAAAAAAAACAAAAAAAAAAACAAGAGUUGUAUUUUCUGUUAAGAGUUAAAAGAUUUUUGCUAUAUUAUGGACAAAAUGUAAUCGUAUAUUAAUUUUGUACCUACAUUGUGCAAUACUUGAUAAAAAAGAAACGGUAUAACAAGUAUUUGGAGUCAGUGUCUUACAUGUUAAGAGGGACUGAGUUUAUUAAGUUUGUAUUAAAAUGCUUGAAAAUAUA